AUGACCGUCACGAAACUACUAUGGAAGAAGACUAUAAUUACAGAGAGAAAAAUGAACAAUAAAAAAAAGAUUAAUAUGUUCCAUACAUUUAACAAUUAUAUAAACAGUAAUCCUCAUAAUUAAGCUUAAACAGAUGAAAGUCAUAAUAAUAAAAAAGUUCUAAAGAGUCAUGAGCAUCACAGUGAAGUUGCUAGAAAUGAACAUGAUGCAGAAAUAGAAGAAGAUACUCCUAUGAAAAGAAAAUAUAAGAAUAAAUAAAAGAAAAGAUUUCCAUCAAAUGAAUAUAAACUGAAACAAUAAACGGGAAAAUUCUAAGGGAAGAACAAAUAAAUUUUAGCUGAGAAAAAAAUACAAGAAGCUGAAACUGUGCUCAACAAUUCUAAAAAUUCUAUAAAAAAGUCAUUAAGCAAGAAUAACUCAAUAAAUCUUAAUAAUUCUUUGAAAAACAUAGCCAAUAAUGGAAGUUAGGUGAGCUUAUAAAAUGCAACUUAUAGUGCAUCUAAAAGAAACAACAGUAAUAGCAUAAAUAAAAGUUAAAAAAAUAUUGAUUAAGUGAUUAACAAUCAUAACGAAGUCUAAGUCUUAAACAAAAAAAUAAUGCAACUAAAAAAGCAAUCUGAGCAAGAUAAGUAGCUUAUAAUCAAAAAAAGACUUCGAAACAACGAACUAUAAGAAAAAUAGAGAAACUAAAAAGAAAAAUGA